AUGCGUCUGCGUGCGCGCAGAGAGAGAGAAAUAAAGACUGAGAGAGAGAGAAAGAGAGAGGAGGAGGAAAAGAGACGCGUCCUGUACAUCUCACUCUUUUUAUUUUUUAUUUUUUAGAGGGUUUUUUUUUUCUUGUCUGGAGAGCUCCGAGCACGGACACGCGCUUGAAUGUGUGUGACAAUGUGUGAGUGUGUGUGAACGCGUGUGUGUGGGAGUGUGUGUGGGAGUGGGAGUGUGUGUGUGUGCAUGUGUGUGUGUGUGUGUGUUUUUAUCAGAGCGGAUGAAAAUGAUGCAAAGCGCCGCCGUGUUGCCCAGCGAGAGCGCCGUGAAGCCCGACAUGCUCGUGCCACUGCAGCAGGUCCCGGAGUGUGCGGGAUGUAACCAGCGUAUCUUGGAUAAGUUUGUGUGUAAGGUUCAGGAUCUGCACUGGCACUCCACCUGUCUCAGGUGUGCAGAGUGUGACGAGCUGCUGAGCGACAGGUGUUACUGCCGAGGAGGACACGUGUACUGCAGAGAGCACUUCUACACGCGUUUUGGGACGAAGUGCGCGUCGUGCCAGCAGGGCAUCCCCCCCUCUCAGGUGGUGCGUAAAGCGCAGGACUUCGUUUAUCACCUGCACUGUUUUUCCUGCGUGAUGUGCAGCAGACAGCUGGCCACCGGAGACGAGUUUUACCUGAUGGAGGACGGGAGACUCGUCUGCAAGGUCGACUACGAGACCGCAAAACAGAACGAUGACUCAGAGUCAGGAGCGAAGCGUCCUCGUACCACCAUCACGGCCAAACAGCUGGAGACGCUGAAAAGUGCGUAUAAAAACUCUCCUAAACCCGCGCGGCACGUCCGAGAGCAGCUCUCCUCCGAGACAGGACUCGACAUGCGCGUAGUGCAGGUGUGGUUCCAGAACAGACGAGCGAAGGAGAAGCGGUUGAAGAAGGACGCCGGACGCCACCGCUGGGGUCAGUUUUAUAAAAGUGUUAAGCGCAGCAGAGGAGCGGCGAAGGUGGAGAAGGAGAGCUCGGCCGAGGAUGGAGGGAUCAGCGACAGCGAGCUCAGCUUCAGAGACGAUCAGAUCCUGUCGGAGCUGGGUCAUGCUAACGGCCUGUACGAGAGCGUCGGGGACGUUUCCGGAGGCAACAUGAUGAACAGCGGGUUCUCGUUAGAGGCGGCGAGUCCUUAUUCGCCCUCGUCCAUCAGCUCGCUGCCUGGACACGCCCACCUUCUCGGAGGCGUGACCUUCAGCAUGGAGGGGCUGGCAGGAGCGGCGGGUCAGCCUCUCAGAGCCGUGACCUCUGACCUCUCCACAGGCAGCAGCACCGGAUACCCAGACUUCCCCACAAGCCCCGCCUCCUGGCUGGACGAGAUGGACCACACCCAGUUCUGAGGUCAAAGGUCAUAUUGGAAAAGACAAGGAACAUAAGAGAUUCUGGAGUCCUUUUUUUUUUUCAGACGUUGUGAUUUCAGUCUAGCGCGGUUCUAAGGUCAAAGGUCAUGAAGUCAAGACGUAAAAAAGAAAAAGAAACAAGAAACAAUGGACACUAAGAAGUGCGCACUUUCCUGAAAGGACACUAUUUUGGUUUUAAUACGUCCUGAUAAUGUUUAUCAACGGUUUUCUCCUUCUGUGUCGGAUUAAUCGGUCCAUCUACAUGUUUUGGAUUCUGUAAAAGAGUGUGUGUGUGCGUGUGUGUGUGUGUGUGUGUGUGCGUGUGUGUGUGUGUGUGUGUGUGUGUGUGUGUGUGUGUGUGUGUGCGUGUGUGUCACAUAUUUGCAAACAGCGUAAUCACUCGGGGUCUUGUCCUGUUUCUAGUUCUGUUUUUAGUGCACUCUUGCUGACUUCCCCUUGGUUUGGAGUAUGUAGUUAUUUUAUCAGCUGGAGCGAAGUGUGUUAGACGGAAUCAAGUCAACAUCACUGUAGACUUCAGGAGCACAACUUACCCAGAAGGCUUUGCUGCAAUCCAACACCUGAAGGCAUGCGAUAUGUUACUAGCGAUUUGAGCACACUAGCUAAGAGACAUGCGAGCGAGUUAACAAGACGACGUACAGGAUGUAAAGAAAAAGAUCCCGAAUGCUUAGUGUUUGUGUGUGUUCCUGCCAAACAAAUCCACUCAGUCGCCAGAAGUGCACACUCUUUAGGGGAAGUGUACAAGGGCAUAUUAAAAACAGUUUCAGAACACUUACCCAUUCAUUACGGCAUGAAUGCUGUUAGCACUGACGCUACAAGCUAACUGACAGCACUGGUCAAUGCAUGCUCUUAAAUAAUCACAAACGCCACAGUGACGUUAAAGCCUUCUGAUUGGCCACAGAGUUAAAGCUCCGCCCCCUCCCCCACGCCACCGGGAGAGGAAUUAUUGCACAACACCACAUUCGAUACUUUAAUUCGAUUGUUUGUCCUUCCAGUGGAGCGACACCAGAUUCAGACUUCACAGUGUGAGUGCACUACCAAGAACUGCAGCACAUAUUUUCAACCAUUUUUAUCCGUUUCCAGUUACAUUUAUUGUUGCUUAGUAUCCACGUGAUCACUUAUAUUAUAGUAGCUAUAGCUCACUUUAUUUCUUUUGAAGUUAAUAAAAAAAAAGUAAAAGGUCUGUCCUGAAGAUACAGAAAAGUUACAGCUGUUACGAAGCGCUGACACUGGAGACUCCUUCCCUUAACGUUACACUAAUCAUUCAAGAAAACUUCACUACCUGUUACGUGGAGCGUCCGCUGUACGAGUCCCUGUGAACGAGCCGUUGCUAUAGAAACAAUGACGCAUUAGAACGAGUGCAUUAAUAUAAACCUGCGCUACUGUCAGAGCCGCUGUUAUAGAAAACUAAUCGACACUUACUGACCAAUCAGAGUGCAGGAUUCAUCAGCGCCAUGCUGUUCUGAGAACAUGACGUGAUGAUGGUCUGUGUAACGUUGUCAGUCAGACGAAAACGUAACGUUAUUGCAACAUUUACUACGAUUAAAAAGGGUCCCGUGGGCUUAUAUUAGUUCAGGAUGAUUGACUCGUGGAGAAAAUAUCAAUAAAAAAAAUUGUAUUAGUGUUUGAUGGCCCAUGAAACAAACCCAGCUCAUGAUAGUGCACUCUGCUGUAGUGACCACGCUCCAUUUAAGACGUGACCUCGGAUGGCGUUUUUGUU